AGUACUUGGGCUGAGUCUCACACUUCCCCUGCUAGCUCUAUUCCAAACAAUCUAAAUUUUUAGGGCAAUCCUGAGAUGUGUCUAUAAGUAGGCAUGUCAUCUCCUAGAUUGAGCAUGUCAUCUGGAGAGAUCGAUUCAACUCCUCGGCCAGCAACAUCCCGCAUUUGUUCUGACAUCUGCCUCCGUCAAGAUGUUGCUCUUCUCUACUCUCGUUGCGCUUCUUCUUCAUCUUUGCUCCCUCGCUACAGCGGCAGAUACUAGUGCAUGGAAGUCUCGCAGUAUUUACUUUGCCCUUACGGACCGCGUUGCUCGUAGCAAUAUCGAUACCGGCGGCCCCGCGUGUGGAAACCUAGGCAACUACUGUGGCGGGACGUUCAAGGGUCUUGAGUCUAAGCUUGAUUACAUCAAGACGCUGGGGUUCGAUGCGAUAUGGAUCACGCCUGUUGUUGCUAACAGCCCUGGAGGAUAUCACGGCUACUGGGCCCAAGACCUAUAUGCAAUCAAUUCGAACUAUGGUACCGCGGCCGACCUGAAGAGUCUCGUCAGCACUGCCCAUACUAAGGGAAUCUAUGUUAUGGUCGACGUCGUUGCGAACCACAUGGGUCCAGGAGCGAUCGCUGACAACCGCCCAACGCCGUUGAAUCUAACGUCCUCCUACCAUUCUAACUGUGACAUCAACUACGACAACCAAACCAGCGUCGAGGAUUGCCGUAUCUCCGGUCUGCCAGAUCUCAACACUGAGAGUUCUGCUGUUAGCACAGUACUCAAUACCUGGGUCAAGUAUUUGGUGACUGAAUAUCAGUUUGAUGGUGUACGCAUCGACACCGUCAAGCACGUCGAGAAGGAAUUCUGGCCAGACUUUGUCAAGGCGAUUGGUGCGUACGCCAUCGGUGAGGUGUGGAAUGGUGACCCAGCGUUUCUGGUUCCAUAUGCGAAACUGAUGCCUGGACUGCUCAACUACGCGAUAUACUACCCGUUGAACGCCUUCUACCAGCAAAACGGCACAUCACAAGCACUGGUUGAUAUGAUGAACACAGUUGCCAACACAUUUCCGGACCCGACAGCAUUAGGGACCUUCCUCGACAAUCAUGACAACCCACGCUUCUUGAACCAGAAGAACGAUCAGGCGCUUCUCAGGAACGCUCUUGCUUAUGUCAUCCUCGCACGAGGCAUUCCGAUCCUGUACUACGGUACUGAACAAGGUUAUGGCGGUGGUGCUGAUCCCGCAAAUCGCGAAGAUCUGUGGAGCAGCAACUUCAACACGCAAUCAACCAUGUACCAGGCGGUCUCGAAACUCACUGCUGCAAGGAAGUCAGCAGGUGGCUUGGCAGGAAACGAUCACGUACAUUUGUAUGUGGCCAGUAACGCCUAUGCGUGGAGUCGAGCCGGUGGCAACCUUGUUGUUCUGACCACAAAUGGCGGAAGCGCAUACAGUGGCCAACACUGCUUCAACUCGCAGAAAGCCAAUGGAAUAUGGACAAACGUUUACGGCAACGGCGCGACGGUCACUGCCGAUAGCAACGGUCAAGUGUGCUUGAACGUGACCAACGGCGAGCCUAUCGUUCUGGUCGUAGCAGCCGCCACCGCGACCACCAAAGCCACGUCCACGACUCUUCGCACUACCACAUCAGCCUGCCCGACAGCGGUAUCAGUUUCUUUCACCGAGCGUGUCACUACUGCAGUUGGCGACACCAUCAAAAUUGCUGGUAAUACGACACAACUAGGCAACUGGGCCCCAGCCAACGCUCUCGCUCUCUCAGCCUCACAGUACACAUCCAGUAACCCAGUAUGGACCAUCACACUGAGCUUGGCAGCGGGACAGGCGGUGCAGUACAAGUUCCUCAAGGUGUCGAGCAGCGGAGUAGUGACUUGGGAGAGUGACCCGAACAGGGCCUAUUCGGCGCCGGCCUGCCAGGCUAGCGCUGCGGUGAGCAACCAGUGGCAGUAAGUAAAAAUAUGGUAGGAAUCUAUAGUCAAGUGUCGGAUACGUAUAACGGAUGCAAUGGAUUCUCAACCUUGAUCAAACUUGAGCGCAACCUGAGAAAGUCAUUUACGUGAGACUGCUUGAAUGAGUUGCGAAACAACACGUGAACUUCGG